AGCCUUUAAAGAGUUAACCAGCAGCAAUCAUUCAGUCUGCCAAGCCAGUUUAGCUAGCGGGGUAAAUUUGACAAACGGGUUUUCGCGCCCUUACUUGCCUGUGAGCUGAAGAGUUGGGUGUUAGACUUAUGCAUUUCGUUUUGAAUACGCUUUACAAAGAAGAACUUAAGUUUGUUUGUGUUUCCAUGUGAAGUGACGGGCCUACCUGCUUAAGCAAAUUCUGAACUUUGGAGGGGAAGUUCUGCUGAUUGCGGCAGUGAGCGGAGAGGAGCCGGGGCAGGGUAGAGAGAGAGAGUGUGAGUGGCGCCCGGGACAGAGGCAGUUUUUACGAGAUGGUGCUUGUGAUGGAAGAGCAGGAAAACUGUGAAGGCCAGCUCUGUACUCCUGUGGAAGAAAUAAAACUGGCGAGGUCGUCUAGCAAAAAAGAACAAAGAGGGGUUACUUUUCACUCUGAAACUGAGAAUGGGGGAGAAGAGAAACAGAAGAAGGCUGGGAAGCCACUUAAUGAGCAGCUGCAGCCAUUGAAUAUUGAUGCGGAGUUCUUUCAGACCCGAAAGAAAUCGCCGCUUGUAAGGUCCAAGACCUUUGAUACAAACUUUUUUCAAAAUUCUUCUGAGUGCGAAACCAAGCUCGAGAGAAAAAAAUCUUCGACCAGUCAGUUUACCAAGGCUAAUGCACAGUUUCAUAAGCUUUUCAAGGAAGUGUGUAAGGACGAGCCUCUAAAACAAAGUUAUACAUGUGCCUUACAAAAAGACAUCCUCUAUCAAGGAAAGCUGUAUGUUUCAGAAAACUGGAUCUGUUUCCAUUCCAAAGUAUUUGGCAAAGACACAAGGAUUGUUAUCGCAGUUUCAUCUGUGACCCUUAUUAAGAAAACAAAAACUGCCAUUUUAGUGCCAAAUGCGCUUGUUAUAGCAACCCCAAAUGACCGGCAUGUGUUUGGGUCUUUGCUGUCCAGAGAUGCAACGUAUAAGGUCCUGAAAGCUGUAUGUGUUCAUCUGGAGGACAAAAGUACCGGAAACAGUCCAGUCAUAUCGGCUGAAAACAGCUUCAGGGCAGAACGUCCAACAUCCUUGUCUCUGGAUUUUACUGCAGAUUUCUCUGAUUUGGACGGAGCAGUUAGAAAAAGAAGACAGGAGAUGGAGGAAACUACCAGCUCUGGCUCACAGACACCUGAAUAUGAAAGUAUUCCAGAAUUUCCAGGAGUGUGUCCUACUUUCCUAAAUGUAGUUAAGAAUGGAGAGCUACCUGUCCAUGCUGAUAUUCACAUGCAACAGAAUCCUGAAAGAAAUAUGAGUGUGCACAAGAAAGGUUCUUCCAAACUGGUGGGUGUUGUGCAUAAAGUGAAAUCGUUACGGCCAAUAUCUUUGAACUCCCUUCUCCUUGUCUACUUGGUCUUAGUGUGUGUCCUAGUUCUGUCAUCAUGUUAUAUGGGCUUUAAAAUAAUGGCUUUGGAGCAGCGAUUGACUUCACUGGGUUCUUUGACAGAGUAUCGGGAAAAUGAGCUUUUUGUGCAGCAACGUUCAGAAUCAAAUGUUAAUGCAGAAAUGAUUCAUGGGGAGUUAACUUCAAACCUGGCCAGACUAGAACAGAUUAAGAAAAACCUGCAAAGGCUUCUAGAUGAAACGGAAUAAGAUGAUUUAACUGAAAUGGAAGUUUAUUUUCAAGCUUAAUGUUUUGCUGCUUGCCUUUGGGACCACAAGACCUUCUCUGCUGGACAGAACCUCACAAUGAUGAUACUUGUAGCCCAGAUCAUCAUGUGGACUGUACUUCACUGUGGAACGCCUAAGUGGCCUUAAUGCUGUGGAAUAUAAAUUCUUACUAUUGUGCAAUAACAUUCCUUUAUUGUGAAACCUUUCCUGUGAAGGACUGCACUGUUUCAAUUAGCUAGUUUCUCUUAAACAGGAGUCCUAAAUAGCUUGUUGCCCAAUGACUACUGGUGGCUAUAGUAGAUGGGUGCUAGACCAAAGAAACUUUUCUUGUACUCCACUCCAAAUGUAGUGUAAUGUUUGAGCUUUUUCGUUGCGUAACACUUGCAUGUGCUGGGCAUAUGCAUUACAGAUUAUAUCCUUGGUGAUCUGCGUAUGGAUAGCUAUUCAUAAAACUGUAGAAACUGAAAUGUUUUUUAAUAGGUUAACUGAAACCAAAUGUUUAUUCUGUAUGAAGAAUUUGAGUAUGUAGAGGGUUCUGAGAAAUAUACAUUGUACAUCCCCAUUUCUUUACAUUUACAUCCUUACCACUUUUUACACUUAUAACUUUAACUUAAGCCCAUCACUCUCUUUGGAGCUUAGGCCAUGGACAUACUGCCACUGUAUCUGACUCUUUGCUAUCUUUUCCAGUUCUCUCCAGGUGUUGUUCAGUCUUCAUGUCUGCUUGAAGCUUGUGCCUCCAGUUGUUUUUUGGUCUCCCUCUUUCUUUCUCUUCCCCUGUGUUCCAGGUCAGGGAUUAUCUGGUGAUGUUGGAAGUGGGUCUGGGGUGGCCCUUUCCCUUAAGUCAAUGUUGCUGACUUUUUAUGGCCAGUAAAUGUGAAGAAUCCUGCGUAAACAUCUGUUGAUGAAGGUCUGGAUCUUUAUUAUCCUUGUUGUUCGCCAUGUUUCUAAGACAUACACUAGUACUAAUUUGACAUUAAUUGAAUAUACAAAUCUUGGUGUGUUGUAAUAACUUUAAAGUGUGUUUUCAAAGCUCUUUUCAAAAAUGUUAACUAGUGCACUAGGAUUUUAGAUCCAAAAACACUUAAACACUUAAAACACUGCAGGAAGAGAGAGAGAGAGAUAUAUAUAUAUAUAUAUAUAUAUAUUAUAUAUAUA